AUUUUUUUACACGCUGGAUGCCGAUGUGUACCAAUUCCGCUCUUUAGGAAAAAAAUGGGGAAAUUACUUUGUGAUUCAACAACCAUUGCGGAGACUUUUCAAACUUCAUCACUGACCGUGUCAUGGAGGGAACCACAGUCAUCGGAUUUAGAGGCCGUGGAUCUCGUUGACCAGACAGAGGGAGUUCUCUGGAAGCAGCCCAGGGAUCACGGCUCCGCGGUCGUGUUCCGGCUGUCGCAUGGAGGUGAGGUUUCGCCGGAUGGGAACUGCCUAUUCACCGCAUCGCAGAGGGCUAUGGCUCGUGAGAUUGAUGCGCGGGAGCUCCGGAGGCGGGCAGUGAAGCUGUUCGUGGAGGACCUUAGAUCUGUUAUCGAGGAUGAGAGAGAGUCGAUAAACAAGGGUUAUGGUACAGCACUUGCAGUGCUUGAAGCUGCAGCUGCAGCUGAUGAUGUGCUAGCUCCAACGGCUGGUCUCCUACGCAUCCUACGAGCACCAAUGGCGCCAACCACAGCUUCCCUCAUUGGAACCUGAAACCGACACCAGGGAAUAAGAAACAAACAAAAAGCCCAGAAUUUGCUCAUCUGGGAAACCUUCAAACAUUGAAUAAAUGCGCAAAUUUCGU